AUGGCCCUGCUGGCCCCAGGCAGUGCUGUCCCAUCUGCCCUGGUAGCCCUCAUGGUCUUCAGGGCCCCCGCCUGGGCCUGUCUCCUCUGCUUCACAUCCUAUAAGGAGCGUGUCCGCGUCUGCCAGAUCUUUGCUGGUAUAGAGGGCCCUGAGCUGGAAAAGUGUGAGGAGGCAUUCACCGCCGCCUUUAAGGGCCUCCUAGACACUGAAAUCAACUACGAUGAGAGAAGCCACCUGCAUGAUGCCUUCACCCAGAUGACCCACUCUCUCCAGGAGAUGGCCACUGCCCAGGGCUCCUUUAAGGUGGCUUUUCCUGAUGCUGCGGAGAAAAUGCGGAAGGUCAUUAUGCAGCUUAAAGAAGUCCGGGCCUGCAUCCCUCCCUGCGGACUCCAAGAAGUCGCCCGGCGUUUCCACUGCCGCGGGUGCUACUCCACGGUCUGCGACCUCCCGCUGGACUGCCCAGUUCAGGACUUGACGGUGACUCGGGGUCAUCAGGCUAAGUUCUCUUGCACUGUGAACUUCCAACUGCCUAAGGAGGAAAUCACCUAUUCCUGGAAGUUCGCAGGAGGAGGUGUCCGGACGCAGGACGUGUCCUACUUCGAAGACCUCCCGCGGGCCCGAGGAAACCUGGCGCGGAUCCGGCCGGUGCAGCCCGCGCACCGCGGGACGUUCUCUUGCGUGAUCCUGCACGACCAGCUCCCGCUGGCGCGGCUCUACUUCUUUCUUAACGUGACUGGUGCGCCCCCACGUGGGGAGACCGAGCUCCAGGUCUCCUUUCGGGAAGUGCUGCGUUGGGCGCCGCUGGAGGCGGAGAUGAUCGAACCUUGGAGGCCAAGCCUGGGCGAGCUGCUGGCCAGGCCCGAGGCUCUGACGCUGAGCAACCAAUGCUUGCUCGCGGCCGUCGCGGCCUUAGCAUCAGUCAGUGCGACCCUUGUGGUGUGGAUGUUCUUUCGAUGGUACUUCAAGGGCAACUAA